UCAUAGCAUAGGUUUAAACCGGAUACUUCCGGACAAAGCUACAUCCAGAAAAGGAAAAAUCUCUUAAAACACUUGAAAACUCAAAAACCCUUGGGAGCCAUCAUCUUACACUUCCUGCCGGAUUGUUAUAAGUCUUUCAUUUCGAUCAACAAAAGAAAGAGUGCAAAGAAAUGUUCAAGAAGGCAGUAGAAGCAAAGGCCCACCAGAGGCUAUCUGGGGCUGACAGGAAGAAGCUGAAGCGGACACUAAGAGACAGAUUUCCCACAGCUUCUGAUGCCGACAUCGAUGCCUUGCUUCCUCCCAAGACUGAGAUAACAGUUGCAAAGUUUCAAAAUCGAGCCCAUGUGUAUGGUGUAGAAGGUGGGUUUCCAGUGUUCUUCGAUGUUGAUGGGCGAGGCACAGAAAUUUACCCCACUGUUUUUGCUCUCUGGAAGGUCCCUGAACUUAUGCCUUCUUUUAUGCUUAAGGGGGGUGAGGUUUCUCGAUUUGUCAUAGGAGGGGCAGAUCUGAUGUUCCCUGGUAUUAGUGUGGCUGCUGAAGGUCUACCUUCAUUUUCAGCUGGGGAGCCAUGGGCGGUAAAAGUUCCUGGCAAUCCAGCACCUAUUGCAGUUGGAUCCACCACUAUGAGCAGCACCGAAGCAUUAAAAGCUGGUUUGCGUGGGAAGGCUUUAAGGAUAAUGCACUAUUAUCGUGACUUACUUUGGGAAUCGGUUGAGGGCCAUUAUGUUCCUAAUGCAGGUUUCUUGGAGGAUGCUGUCUUUGAGGAUCCUUCCUUUUUGUCAUCAAAUCAACCUUCUGAUUCAUCUGAAGGUGCUGCUGAUGGGUCUGAUGCUCAACAAAGUGGCAUUAACAAUGAAGAUAUCGGGGAAUCUGUUAAUGUAAAUGAUGUUGUUUCUGAAAGAUUAGCUGCCUCAACACAAAAUUAUUCUGAGAAUGCUGCAGAAGAAAUUACCCCAGAUGUGAGUGAUUUGAAGUUAUCAGAAAAUGUUGCUGCUACUGAGUCAAAUACUGGGCACAAUUCUCUCUCUACUGAGGGAGUGGAUUCCCAUUUGGACAGAUGCCUUUUGCAGGCCUUGCAUACGACGGUAAAGGAUAAAGACCUUCCGAUGCCUGGAAGCACAUUGUGGUCAAACCAUGUGUUAGCUUGUAGACCUUCAGGAAUCACAUUAGAUAUCAAGAAGUCAUCUCAUAAGAAGUUAUCAAAGUGGCUACAAGCCAAAUCAUCCACAGGACUGAUUGUGGUAAAAGAAGACAAGUACAAAAAGGAAGCUAUGUUAAUUUCUGUUAACCGUGCUCACCCAGACUACUUAUCAUUCAAGCCAGAAAAACGACCAGUAGAGAAAGUUGAUCAGGCUGGUGAUAGUGCUGCUAGUGAAUGUCUUUCACAAAAGGUGCUUGAAGUGGUAGAGGUCUAUAAAUCCAGUGUGCAUGUUAAGCCCAUUUUUGCUUCUGUUGGAGCUGACACUGGGAAACUGUACUCAGCUUCUGAGGCUUCUGAUAUUGUCUUCAAGUACAUUGAGAAAGAAAAUCUGGUGAAGCAAACAAACAAAGCAAUCAUGGUUUUAGAUGCAACUUUGUGUGAUGCAUUGUUUAAGGGAGCCAUCAAGAAAGGUUCAACUUAUCCAACUGAGAUCCACAAGAAAGAUUUAGGAUCAACAUUUAUAAGCCGCAUGCAGGCCCACCACAUCGUGACUAGAGGAAGUGAGUCAGCUGUGCGGAAAGGUGCUUUGAAAACAGUGCAGAUAGUGACAGAACGAAGGCAAGGUAACAAAAAGGUGACAAAAGUUUCAGGUUUGGAAACUUUCCUCGUGGAUGCUGAAGCAUUGGCAUCAGAGCUACAGAAGAAGUUUGCUUGCAGUACAACGGUGGCAGAAUUGCCAGGUAAGAAAGGGCAUGAGGUUCUUAUCCAAGGUGGGGUGAUUGAUGAUGUUGCAAGACAUCUGGUUGAACAAUAUGGAAUCCCAAAGAGAUACAUUGAAUUUCUUGAUAAAACCAGGAAAUAAGAAGUGAUAAAUGGUUAGUUUGUCUUCCUAUAAAGUUGUCCAUGGUUGCUUGUGUAGGGAUUUUGAAGUACUCUUGGUUUAUGUUCAGUGAAAAGGUCAAUGUGAUGAUGCUGUAGUUUGUCAAUACAUUGGAAAUUUGUUAUGUUCUUAUACAAAGGUGGCGUUUGUUAUGUUCUUAUA